UUAAUUAUAGAUAGCAUGUUUUCCAUACAGACAAACAAAAGAAGAGAGGUGUUUGUCUGGACCCAGGUCAAGCACUUUAGAAAUCCUUUCAUUGAUAAAGUUAGUGGGGAGCAGUUUUUGUUACCUUAUAAGAACAGAAGCAGGGUGGCAGUGGCACUCAUUCCUGAAGGCUGUAGGGUUGAAAUUGGUGAGGUUCUGAAAGGAAGAGAAGCCAAGGUCUUUGGAGAUGGCAGGUGGGUCUUUUGGUCCGGCCGGUGUGGCCAAAGAGAGAGCUGGACAGUACCAAGGAAGGGUCACCUUCUAUGUGAUCAUUGCCUGCACCGUUGCUGCUAUUGGUGGCUCAAUUUUCGGCUAUGAUAUUGGAAUUUCAGGAGGAGUGACAUCGAAUGAUGCAUUCCUUAAAAAAUUCUUCCAUGAAGUUUAUGUAAAGAAGCAGCAUGCACAUGAAAGUAACUACUGCAAGUACAACAACCAGGGGCUUGCAGCAUUUACAUCUUCCUUAUACCUUGCUGGUUUGGUUGCAACUCUGAUGGCUUCUCCUGUCACAAGGAAGUAUGGGCGCCGGAUAAGUAUAAUCUGUGGUGGGAUCAGUUUUCUUGUUGGAGCAACUCUAAAUGCUUCUGCCAUGAAUAUGGCAAUGCUUCUUUUGGGUCGAAUCAUGCUUGGUGUUGGCAUUGGAUUUGGAAAUCAGGCAGUUCCACUAUAUUUAUCAGAAAUGGCACCAACACAUCUUCGAGGAGGCCUGAACAUGAUGUUUCAGUUAGCAACUACACUUGGGAUCUUUACAGCAAACAUGAUCAGUUAUGGAACACAAAAGCUUCAACCUUGGGGAUGGAGGCUCUCCCUGGGCUUGGCUGCCUUUCCAGCUCUGUUGAUGACAGUAGGAGGACUGCUUGUUCCUGAGACACCUAACAGCUUAAUUGAGCGAGGACAAAAGGAGAAAGGGAGACAAGUCCUUGAAAAGAUCAGAGGAACCAAAAAUGUUGAUGCUGAGUUUGAAGACAUGAUGGAUGCAAGUGAGCUUGCAAACUCAAUAAAGCAUCCCUUUCGUAACAUGCUUGAAAAAAGGAACAGACCACAAUUAGUUAUGGCAAUCUUCAUGCCAACGUUCCAGAUCCUCACAGGCAUAAAUUCAAUUCUCUUCUAUGCUCCUGUGCUGUUUCAGAGUAUGGGAUUUGGUGGCAAUGCUUCUCUCUAUUCCUCAGCUUUGACUGGGGCAGUUCUUGCUUCAUCUACACUGAUUUCUAUUGCAACAGUAGAUAGAUUGGGUCGAAGGGCUUUACUUCUAACCGGCGGAAUUCAAAUGAUUACAUGCCAGGUGAUAGUCGCCAUAAUCUUGGGGGUGAAGUUUGGCAACAAUCAAGAACUAUCAAAAGGUUUCUCAAUAUUGGUGGUGCUCGUCAUUUGCCUCUUUGUCCUAGCUUUUGGAUAUUCAUGGGGUCCUCUUGGGUGGACGGUGCCCAGUGAGAUAUUCCCCUUAGAAAUUCGGUCAGCUGGACAAAGCAUUACAGUAGCUGUAAACCUUCUGUUCACGUUCAUAAUUGCUCAGGCUUUCCUUUCCCUUCUUUGUAAAUUGAAGUUUGGUAUCUUCCUCUUCUUUGCUGGCUGGAUUACCAUCAUGACCAUCUUUGUUUACAUAUUCCUGCCUGAAACCAAGGGAGUUCCCAUUGAGGAGAUAAUCUUCCUGUGGAGGAAGCACUGGUUCUGGAAGAGGCUAGUGCCUGCAGGGGAAGUGGAAGCUGCCUCAACCAAUGAGAGGCAAAGCCAUUCAAUGGAGCUUCAGAAGGUCCAUAGUCCGAACUACUAGAGAUUCAAGAAGAGCUCCAAAAGGUCUUAUACAGAGUAAGGCAGCGUUACCAUUCAAAAAAGUCUUGUAAUCACCAUUCACAUCGAGUAUUCUCUUUUUAUAAAUGUGUAGACCAGAUCAUAAUAAUCUGACUUCCUAUUGAGGAUUCACUGA